AGGGGUUUCUCUGAACAUCUCGUGUCACAGCCACAGGCCAGGAGCAGAGUGCCGGAUGAGGUCUUCCUCUCAGCGCUCCGCAAGGAGCCCAGGCUCGCACCGUGCAAGAUCGCUGGGCUGGAGUCCCAGGCUGGGCUCACGCCGUGCCCAUCCUCCCCUGGACGAACCGCAGCCGCGGCGGCGGAAGGGCAGCACCCCGCCCCGCGGGACCUCACCUGAGCCUAGCCGCCGGCCCACUGGGGAAGCGCCCGGGCGGGGAAUGCCCAUUUGUGUAACAAACCCUGACUCCUUCCCCAUCCCGGCCUCCCCUGCGCUUGCCAAGUUGCCGAAUCGAGGGCGCCCGGCGCACCCUGCGCUCCCGGCCACGCUGCCCCGACCCCGCCCGCCGUUCCUGAGGUCUAUCUGGUCUCUCCGCAAAGCAAACAAGUGUUUCUAAACUGCGUCCGCGGAGAGGGAAGCGUCUCAGAGUAACUUGGCCGAGCCCGGCGGCCGGCCGGGGACACAACGGGAGUUGGACUUUGGCGGGCGGUGCCGCUUCUCGGUUGGGCGACCCGCGCGGCUCGGACUGGACCGGCUCGUGCAGCGCCGCGGCUCGUUCCCCAGCCAUGCCCAGGACCCGGGCUCUCCUGCUCGCGGUAUGCAUCUUCAUUGCUGGACCAUUGCCCCAAACUGUGACUGCUCUAGCGACUGAUACCCGCUCUGAAGGGCUGGAAUUGGGGAACAAAGUCUCUAAUGGAAAUGCCCAGUGCACAGAAGGCUUGCAUCCUGCAGGUCACUUCUGCUGUCUCCCUUGUCCUCCUGGCAAAUGGAAAGUUGCUGACUGUAAAUCUGAUAAUGGUGAACCAGUCUGCGAGUUCUGCAAGGAAGGGGAAGAAUACACAGACAAGGAGCAUUAUUCCUCUAAAUGCAGGCGCUGUACCUUCUGUGAUGCAGCACAUGGCUUAGAAGUGGAACGAAAUUGUACCCGAACCCAGAAUGCCAAGUGCAGAUGUAAAGCAAACUUUUACUGUAGCACUUCUGUGUGUGAGCACUGUGACCCCUGCAUCACGUGUGAGCAUGGAAUCAUUGAAAAAUGCACACCAACCAGCAACACCAAAUGCAAAGCAGGAGCUACAGGUUCGAACUUGUGGUGGUUGUUUUUCCUCAUAAUCCCAAUACUCGCGCUAGCUUUCGGGCUGUAUAAGCACUAUAAGAACAACCGUCUUCGCAACGAACGUCUGCACUCACCUCUUGAAAUAGAAAAAGUGCCACUGAAUUUUUCAGAUAUUGACUUCAGCAAAUACAUACCUAGGAUUGCUGAACUAAUGAAAAUAAAUGAAGUUAGAGAGCUUGUUCGAAAGAACGGUGUCUCUGAAGCCAAAAUAGAUGACAUCAAGAAUGACAGUUCCCAAGAUACGGGGGAGCAGAAAGUUCAACUGCUUCGUAGUUGGUAUCAAGCUCAUGGGAAGAAAAAUGCAUACAGGACUUUCAUUAAAAUUCUCAAUGAAGCCAAAUACACGGCUCAUUCGCAGAGAGUUCAGACUAUCAUUGAGGCAGACAUGAGAAACAGCCAUGAAAAUUCAGACUCUGUGGGUGAAAAUGAACACCAGAGCUUUGCCUAGAGUACAAGACAAUGAACUCAGUUUUGAUUGUAUGGUCAGUAAACAGAAAAAUUAAUGUGAAAAAUGUUUUUAAUUGCAGAAGGCUGUAAAUAUUGCUUAAGUUUUUCAGGGGAUGUUCUUUUUUUUUUUUUUUUUUUUUUUUUUUUUUGUUCUGAGGACCGAAACCAGGGCUUACAGCUUGGUAGGCUAGGGUUCUACCACUGAGUCAAAUCUCUAGCUCCUUGCUUGACUUUUUAGUGAGUGCAUCUUAUUUUUCUGUUUAUUAAAUUUGUAGAACCAGUAAUUGAUUUAUAAAUUUUAAAGAUAUUGUAAUUCAGCCUUUAAGAAUAUUCAAAUUCUGAAUGAGAAGACAGACCCAGUCAAGGUUAAAUGUAGGGACUGGGGAGAUAGCUCAGUAGAAUAAACACUUG